CCCACCAACUUCACCAUCCACCACCACCACACCCUCCUGCUCGACUCAUCCACAACGCACGCCCGAUGCUGCUGCGUUCAAGGGCACCACAUCACCAUGGCUGAGAAGAAUGACCUGGCUCUGGAGGAGGAGCUGGAUGAAGACAUGCUCACCAACAUCCUCAAGGAGCGCUACCAACAGCGCAUCAUCUACACAUACGUGGGGGACAUCUUGAUCGCAGUGAACCCAUACGAGGAUCUCAGCCUGUACACCGCGGAGCAGACUGCCACGUACUGCAACGUCGCCAACAAGGCCGACCACCCUCCACACAUCUUCGCCAUUGCAGACAACGCCUUUGGCGAGAUGAUGAGAAACCACCAACGCCAGGUUGCUGUCAUCUCUGGGGAGAGUGGUGCGGGAAAGACCGAGAGCACAAAGCUGUUUAUCCGCCACGUGAUGGACGUGAGUGCGCGUGGCAUCCUCAACACCGCCACACCGGCGACGCGCACGCGCCACCCGCUGGAGGAGAAGAUCAUCCAGCUCAACCCGAUCCUGGAGUCCUUUGGCAAUGCACAGACAGUCAUGAACGACAAUUCCUCGCGCUUCGGCAAAUUCGUCGAGCUCAAGUUCAACGAGAGUGGUGUUGUGCAGGGCGCCUCUCUUUCCCACUACCUCCUCGAAAAGGCCAGGGUGGUCAAGCAGGGCCCCGGCGAGCGUAAUUUCCACAUUUUUGAGCAGCUGCUGUCCGGUUUAUCUCAGGACGAGCGGGCCGAGUACGGCCUUGCAUCCCAGACGGAGUACAGCUACCUUUCGUCGCGCGUGAACGACACGGAGCAGCUGACAAACGAGUUCAGCGAGAUUGCGAGUGCGCUGAACAAAGUUGGAUUCACGUCGCAGGAAAUUGGCGACAUCCACCGCGUGCUGGCGUCCAUCCUGCUGUUUGGAAACCUCGAGUUUGACGACGCAGAGAGCGACGGCGCCGUCGUCACAAACGAGGAGGUGAUUGAAGCGAUUGCACGCAACCUUGGGGUCGAGCGAAAGGUGUUGGAGAAAGGAUUCAUGACAUCGAAGAUCAAAGUCAUGGGCGACAUCAUUGUCCGCCCGCUCAACCCAAGCAAGUGCCAGCACUCGAAGAACGCCGUGGCCAAGGCCCUGUACGACCGCCUGUUCACGUGGACGGUGACACGUCUGGAUAUGAUGCUCUGCCCGACAGAGGCAACGACAGCCGUCCAUUCCAUUGGCAUUCUCGACAUCUUCGGCUUUGAAAACUUCACAUUCAACGGGUUUGAUCAGCUGUGUAUCAACUUGGCCAACGAGUCACUCCAUCACUUCUUCAACCAGCACAUCUUUGCUGCGGAGAUGAAGGCGUACGAGGACGAGGAGAUUGACGGGAUGUCGGUGAUGUUCAGCGAUAACGUGCACGUGCUCAACCUCUUCUACGAAAACCCGGGCGUCCUUCACAUUCUGGACGAGCAGACCAAGUUUGCCCAAGGGAAUGCGAGCGCACUUGUGAAGACGCUGAAAGAGCAGCUGGCGGACCACGCACUGUUUGAGGUGAAACAGGGCGACCUAAGCUUUGAGAUCAAGCACUACGCAGGCCCAAUCGCAUACGAAAUCGACGGGCUCAUCGAGAAGAACAAGGACCCUCUUCCAGAGGCGAUGGCCAGUUCGAUGAGCACGAGCACAAACGCACUCGUAUCGCUGCUGUUCCAUCACAAUCUCGUCAGCGCAACGCGGAAAGGCGCCGCACGCACACGCGCACGCGAACUCACGCGUGAACUCUCCCGCCAAACGACACGCAGGAUCACGCGCGCUGCGACAGUCAAGCACAAGUCUGUGAAGAAGCAAGCCGCCGACCUUGGAUUUGAAAACCCAGACACGAACAAGGGUCUUCUUGGCCGCAUCGCCCGCACUUUCAAGCGCCCAAACGUGGAGACGGUGAGCUCGCAGUUCAAGCAGUCCCUGGAUGCGCUCAUGUACAAGAUGAGCCUCUGCUCGCCCCACUUUGUGCGCUGCAUCAAGCCGAACCCAAACAAGAUGCCGCGGCAGUACGAGGAUGCGCUUGUGCUGAAGCAGAUGCAGUACACGGGAAUGCUGCAGACCAUCAAGAUGCGACGCGAGGGAUUCUCCGUCCGCAUGUCCUUCGAGGAGCUCAUCUCAAGCUACCAAGGGAUUGUGUUCAAGUUCAGCGACAAGAUGAAGUACACCAAAGGCGUCGCAGAGGAGCUGCUCAUCAAGUGCGCCGAAAAGCAGGAGGCAAACAGACAAGACCAGAAACUGACCUCCAGCCUGUCUGGAUGGCUGAUUGCAAAGACGAAGGUGUUUCUGAAGUACUGGCACCCGGAUGUGUUGGAUGCGCUGUUGCUCGACUCCAAGAUUGCCGCUGUUCGUAUCCAGUCCUGGGUCCGCCGCUUUCUCGCGCAGAAACGCUUCCGGCCGAGGCUGCAAGCGUACCGCGACCAGCUUGCGAUGGCCGUCAGUUUCCUGCACGACAUGAAGAGCCGUGGACACCAGACGUUUCUGGCACUCGAGACGCUGGUUGAGGAAGAGGAGCGACGCGGGCCCGAAGAUCUGGGCAUCGCAACACCCGUGGACAAGAAGAAGGAGAACAAGGAAAAACGAAAGAUGUUGAAAGAAGCGCACAAGGACGUGGACAUGCGGAAACUGCGGAAAACGCACGCGAAGGAGCAGAAGGAUGUCCUCAGGUGGUGGAAGAAAUACGAAAAGCCGCGGCGCGCGCAUCUUGACGCGCACGGACGUGUGCACACGUGGUUCCACGGCCUCAUGUCGCGUGGUGAAGCGGAGGAGUUUCUGUUUGAGGAGCCAGAUGGCACAUUUCUCAUUCGCGUGUCGGAGACGAGCAGGAAUUAUGCAAUUUCCGUCAAAGUCAACGGCCGCUGCAAACACUACCGCAUCAACACGGGCGUGGGCUAUCAAGUUCUGGGCAGCGACGAGGAUUUCGGGACAUUGGAGGACUUGGUGGACUUUUACGGCGAGGAACCGCUGAGUCCUGCGAAUGAUCGGCUUCAACGUCCACUCGACGCACUGCACGACCUCAGACUUGGCUUUGGAAACGCCAACAUGGCCAACCCGGUGUUCCCCACCGGUGGCCGCUCGAUGAAGUUGGACGGCAAUGCACGCGCGUCCACAUCACAGCGGUUGCGCCGUGAGGACUACCUUCGUAAUCCAAAACAGCCACCAUCAUGGCUGCGUGGUAAACUCUCCCGGAGCGAGGCGGAGUCUGAACUGAAGAAGCGUGGGCUGGCGAGCGGGCGAUUCCUGGUGCGGGAGCGCGAAGUUGGGGUCGACAGUGUCACGUUCGUCGUCUCAUACACGCACGACCGCCGCUUCUUCCAUCAUCUUCUCGUGCGAGACAUCGACGAGGACUGGACACUCAACGACCGGCCGCUCCGUGUACGGUAUCUGGAUGACGUGAUUGCCAAGUUCCAGGGGCGCAAGUACCCUGGCCUGGCCACGCGCCUCGAAAGCGACGCACCAGAACCUGUCAAGCGCGCCUAGCACGCCCGGUCACGUGGGCGUGGUGACAUUGUUACAGUGCUUACGGUACCGUUUUGUGCCGCUGUGUUGUGUGUCGUGGCAAGCGACUACUGUUGCGACGUGCGUGUGACGCCUGCAUGCUUACGCGCUGACCUGGCUGUUGCUUGGCCCUGUUACAUUCUCGCACGCCCCUCUUUUAUCCCUUCUGUACUUACAUCCAUGACUCUGUGGACGUGCCUUUGCGACCUGUCUUUCGUACUACGUUAGCAUUGCUUUUUCGUGAUGGUAUUGACAUGAAUGCAUGAUGACUGUAUUUGGAAUUAUCUGCUCUGCUUUGUUUUGUGUGUGUGUGUGUGGUGUCUUUGCGCGCCGAUUCAACACAGAGCGUAGCUGGUGGUGCUGGCGAUGUCUUUCGUGUGUAUAGUCUUCAUGGUUGACAGUGAACAUUUGAUGAACAGG